CGAAUCGACCACCUCUCCCGUCUCCCCACCAACUCCACCUGUUUCGACUGCCAUACCCCCUCCCCACGCUGGGCCUCUAUAGCCUUGCAGGGCCAGCCUACGUGCAUCUUCCUCUGCAUCGCCUGUUCCGGGAUGCACCGCUCCCUGGGGGUGGCGGUGAGUCGGGUCAAGAGCGUGGAUCUGGAUGCGUGGAGCGAGGAGCAGGUCACGGUGGCCGAGAUGUGUGGGGGAAAU